UUCUUUGUAUUUGACCUGACUUAUUAUUUUUAAAAUAUUCAAUUAAAGCAAGGGAAAUUUUGAACUAUGGUAGGGUUAGAGAUGAAAAGCAGUAACACAGUAUCCUAGAAGUUUUCUCUCCUUGGUCAAAUUGAAAUUAAGUAGAUGUAAAAAUGUAUUAACAAAUAUUAUGGAAACCCCAUAAAAUUAUUGACAUAUGAAAAACAUGGAGAAAAGUACAUUCAUGCAAACUUACAGUCAGGCUUCUGCCACAGAGGUAUCAGGGGAGAAUUUAAUCAAACAUACUUCCAUGUAUGUCUGAUGAACACUUUAAAUAACAUGCAGGUUGAGGACAAUUCAUUACAAAUGUAGUGGGCUACAUGUAUCUCCUCAAGCCAGUUUUCCUAAGUCUAUGCUAUAAGGUAAUUUUCUGUGUAAUUUACUGAUGACACUAGGUGGCAUCAAAUUACUGCAGUUGGAUCCGCUUCAUGCACUCCUCAUGUGUGACUAAUAAAGUGUGAGCCGAAGUAUGUCUUCUCCUUAAAUGUAGGCUAUAUUUGACACAGACAAUAGCCUGACAGAAUCACUGUGCAAUACACACACACACACACACACAAACAGAGAGAGAAGGCAAACGGAAACGAUCAGGGGAAGAUACGUGCUGUCUCCACACUCAGCAAUGUGUAUCAGUAGAAAUCCAACUGGAGCCCCACGCCGCUGCUCCGGGAGCUUGUAAACCCCGCCCCAAACGCAGACGUCACCGAGUCACAGCCCGUGACGUGUGGACGCACCACUCUCCUCCUCCGUCCCGGAGCAAAGCAUCAUCAAAAUCACCAUCCAUUACUCUCUCUCUCUCUCCCUCUCUCUCCCUCUCUCUCUCUCUCUCUUCUGUUGUCUUUAAUGUAACUUCUGACUGAUCGGGAGAACAGGGAGCGUCUGGAAAGCCUGGUCCGGUGACAACAUCUCUGAUGAAGGAUCUGCUCGCAUGGUAUUCUGUUUAAAGCUGGACAUACAGGACAGAAAGGAUCAGAUUGUAUAUUUUGGGAUAACGUUGCUUUCCUCAGUGGAUUUUGGCUCCGGGUUAUGUGUCUUUAUUUCCCCCUCCUGUGGAUGUUAAAGUGCAUAUUCUCGGCCUGACUGACGCUUUCUUUUUGGAUUUCCAACGCGCCGAAGCUGUUUGUGGGUGACAGACUGGGGGACAUUCCUUACUUGUGAAGUGGAGCGUUAGAAUUAUUUUGCCGUUAUCUUACCGGCUCUAUUUGAGUCGUAACCUGUAGGCUAUUUAAUUUUGUAGUCAAACAAUGCAGCGGUUUCCUUGAACGUGUAUUGGUAAUUCAUGCAGAAAAAUCGUGUGGGUUAAUUAAAGCUUAAAAAGAGGAAAGUUGGGCGCGCAAAGUUUUGGAGACGGUCGAUAUGGCUAUGGUGGCGUGGAGAAACGCCGAGGGGGUCGGGGACACUCAGGGGACCCUCUCCUCCUCGGUGUCCCAGGUUGCACCUCUGUCUCUGCCCGGGGAGCUGGCGGGACACAUGAACCCGGCAUCAUCUCUGGAAAUACCCCCAGCAGCACCCCAGGGCGCACCGCCGCCCAAUCCAUCCAGCACCACCACCGCGACAACCACCAACAAUAACAACAACACGUCCUCUUCCUCCUCCUCCUCCUCCUCCAUGGACAAACACCAGAGCCAGCAAAUCGAGUGCAUCGUGUGCGGGGAUAAAUCCAGCGGGAAGCACUACGGACAAUUCACGUGUGAGGGAUGUAAGAGCUUCUUUAAACGCAGCGUCAGGAGGAACCUGUCCUACACCUGCAGGGCCAACAGGAACUGUCCCGUAGACCAGCACCACCGCAACCAGUGCCAGUACUGUCGCCUCAAGAAAUGCCUCAAAGUCGGGAUGAGGAGGGAAGCUGUCCAGAGAGGCAGACUUCCUACCCAGUCUUAUCACGGCCAGUUUGCGCUGACAAACGGAGACCCUCUACAGUGCCAUUCCUAUCUAUCGGGAUACAUCUCUCUCCUGCUGCGGGCCGAGCCCUACCCGACCUCCAGGUUCGGCUCUCAGUGCCUGCAGGGCAACAACAUUAUGGGGAUAGAGAACAUCUGUGAGCUAGCGGCUCGGAUGCUCUUCAGCGCCGUGGAGUGGGCCCGCAACAUCCCUUUCUUCCCGGACCUGCAGGUGACGGACCAGGUGGCCCUGCUCCGCCUCACCUGGAGCGAACUGUUCGUCCUGAACGCCGCCCAGUGCUCCAUGCCCGUCCACGUCGCCCCGCUGCUGGCCGCCGCCGGCCUGCAUGCGUCCCCGAUGUCCGCGGACCGGGUGGUGGCCUUCAUGGACCAUCGGGUAUUCCAGGACCAGGUGGAGAAGCUCAAGGUGCUGCACGUGGAUUCAGCAGAGUACAGCUGCAUCAAAGCCAUCGUGCUGUUCACCACAGAUGCUUGUGGUCUGUCGGACAUGGCCCAUGUCGAGGGUCUGCAGGAGAAAUCCCAGUGUGCUUUAGAGGAGUAUGUGAGGAGCCAGUAUCCCAACCAGCCUAACAGGUUUGGGAAGCUGCUGCUCCGCUUGCCUUCCCUCCGCACCGUCUCUUCCUCUGUCAUAGAGCAGCUUUUCUUCGUUCGUCUGGUGGGGAAAACCCCCAUAGAAACUCUGAUAAGGGACAUGUUGCUGUCCGGAAGCAGCUUCAACUGGCCUUACAUGCCGAUUCAAUAGAGGAAAAAGCUACAGUGAUGCUACCAAGGUCAGGACAGGUCCCACACCUCAAAUGGAGUCAUUUCAGUGCGGCAUAAAAUCUGUUGUUUUGAACAAGAAAAAACACUGCCAGCAUAAUGAGAUAAUUACAGGCACAUGCAAUGUAAAAACAAUUAUGUCUUUUCAUCAUUUUUCUUAAUGUCAGCAACCAUUUUCUUGAUACCAGAGGAGCGAGCUGCCUUACUCUGCAUGUGUCUAGAAAGGUUACUGAAAUAAAUUUACCAUUUGGCCAAUGCUCAAUGAUUUGAUCCUACUGGCAGAUUUUUUUACCUGUUCAAAGAGAAACAAUGUUUCAUGAGAUGAAAUGACGAUGGACAAUUUUUGCAGUGGGUCGACCACUCACAGAUUUUUGGGAUAACAAACAAUAUUUAUUGGACCCCGUGUGUAUAUUUAUCGUGCUUGUAAAUUAUGUUUUGGCUCCUUUUUUAAAUGUUUUACGUAUUUUUGCCCCGGCCAGUGAGAAAACUGCAGGGAUUGUCUUGUGUCGAUAUGUUUUUGUUUUUGUUUCAUACCUUCCAGACAUGGCACUUUGGUCUAAAGGAACAUUUCAGUAAGAUUUAACACAAAAUUUGACCUAUUUGCUCAAUUGUGUACAGAGGUGAGAUUAAUGCUCUGUUUCAGUUACGGACAGUUAAGAACAAGAGCAAAAAAUGUUUGUAAUGCACUUCAUAUGAUCCGUGUAUGUUGCGCCAAGUAAGGUAUUACUCCUUUCAUAGGUAAAAUCAUUACUUUCUAUUACACUACAUUAAUAUUACCUUAAAUAUGUUAGUUAAUACAGAUGUGAUUUUUCCCUCUUGCCAUAAUUUAAAAACUUUUUUUCCAUUUGAAGAAUCAGAAACUUGUCAACAUCAUGUUUAUUUCUUAUCAAAUUACUGAAUUUUAGCACUCAGAGAAAUUAAACUUUUCACAUCUAAACUGAGAGAUGACGACAAGGCUAAUGGCAAAAACAGAUAAGGGGAAGGAGGUUGAAUGUUAGAUAGCUGUACGUUAAUCUGAUAUUUUUAUAUUUCGAAUCAAAAUUUUACUCUUUUGGUGGCUAACAUGUUAUGGGGAAAAGUAAUGACAUUAAUGGAGUAAUGAUGAAUGCAUUAUCAAACACUUCUAAAUCAUGUACGUUUCCAGGUUUUUACGCUGACCGUCUAAGAGAGAUUUUAAGAGCACUGGGCCUGAUGUAUACUGUAAAUACAGUUUCUCAAUGGGAUAAAUUAACUGUACACAACCUCCCAGGUCAAGUAACAAAUGUAUUUCAUUAUAAUUCAUGCAUAUAUGAGCCCAGGCCACAUUAAUGGCACAACAGGCCACUGCAGGGUAUUGCUGAACUGAAAGCGUGUGUGUGUAUGUAUGUGUGUGUGUGUGUGUGUGUGUGUUUUGAGAGAGCAUGUAUUUGUGUUUACUUCUUUUUGACAACCUCUCUGAUGUACUGUGAAAGCAUAUUGGUUAACAUAUUGGUACCGUAUUAAAUUAUAACUCAAGAUUUAUAAAUAAAGUGUAUUUGUUUGUUUA